AUGCCAGAUCAGCCAGACUGGAAUGCCAUUCAAACCUCUCUCAGGGUACUGAAUGUGACCAAAUCAGCCAGUCCUGCCAUACUUCUUGUCGUCUUCGUCAUCGCAUUCAUCUACCAUGGCAUCAAGACGUCGCCCGAUGAUGGCAAAGUCACAAUUCAAGCCAUGCGAGGUCCUGGUGGACGACCACUUCCCGUUCGAAGGAGAUCCGCCAAUCAGGUCAAGGAAGCUGCGGCCACCAAAGACCUACCACCCGGGGUCAAGGCUGUGUUUAAGAUCAGCCAGGUCGUUGUUAUGUUGACAUUUCUAGGCAAUGCGGCUAUUCUGCUCUUUGAGAUCCUGCUGAACCGCAAAGACGAAUGGUGGCCUGGUAAGAAUGCUGUGAUAUACGUAAUCGCUUCUACCUUUCUCUGGCUGAUAGUUUUCAUCUCUAUCCUCGACACGAAGCCCUCUCCAAACAACGCCCAUUUCAUCUCUUGGCUAUGUGCUCUUCCCUUGGAGGUCGUCAUUCUGGGUGCCAGCCUCCGCAUCUAUACCAUGCCCCAUUUUGAACCUCGAGUAGGCAAUCAGCAGGGUGGCCAGUACAGGGAGAACAUCACAGGCUGGGAGUCACUUGAAGUUGUCGUCAACCUGGGCCGAAUUGUUUUCCUCCUCGGUCUGUGCGUCCUCUACAUCGCGAUCAAAAUCAACUGCCGAAGACAGAAGACUAGUACGUCGGGUAUUGAGAAUGAGAGAACGCCCUUACUUGGUGGAGAUACCGAAUCUGGAAGACGCCCCAACGCCAACCCUCAUGCAAACCAUCAAAGUACUCCGUCCUCCGAGCCCAAGGAGCAUGUCGAUGCAUGGGCCAAACCAACGGAAGUGCCUAACAUCACCUGGUACGCCUACUUAAGAGGAUUUGCCAUGCUGAUCCCGUACCUUUGGCCCAAAAAGUCACUCAAAUUGCAACUUCUUGCAGGAUCCUGCUUCCUCAUCAUGAUCGGUCAGCGAGUCAUCAACGUUUUCGUCCCUGUAAUGGUGGGCAAAAUUACUGACGCCCUCUCCGGGGAUGAUGACGGUGGGGUGCGAGCUCCUUGGCUGGAUAUCGCCCUGUAUAUCCUAUUCAGGUGGCUGCAGGGCUCCCAGGGUAUUCUCAGCGCGGCUAGGUCAAUUCUCUGGAUCCCCGUGGAGCAAUACUCCUACCGCGCCAUCUCAACAGCGGCUUUCGAACACGUUCAUGGUCUCAGCGCAGAAUUUCAUACGGGCAAGCGAACGGGAGAGCUGAUUUCGGCACUGAACAAGGGGAGCUCGAUCAACAGCUUCCUUGAGAUGGUCACCUUCCAGGUGGGACCAAUGGUCUUCGACCUCGUUGUCGCGGUCGUAUUUUUGACCAUCAAAUUCGACGCAUACCUAGGUUUGGUGGUUGCCAUCGUGACAUUUCUGUACAUCUAUGUCACCAUUCGGCUUGCCGCGUGGCGUGUUACCUUGCGCCGCAAUUACGUCAACGCGGACCGAGAGAUGGAAGCAGUCAAGAAUGACUCUUUACAUUCGUGGGAUACGGUCAAAUACUUCAAUGCCGAGGGUUAUGAAUUCGGCCGAUACCGGUCAUCGAUCAAGACGAUGCAGAGUUUCGAAUACUGGGUCGAAGUGACAUUGGCUUAUAUGAAUACGGUGCAGGGUGCGCUCUUCAUGAUUGCCUUGUUGGUUGCUUGUUUCAUCGAAGCCUUUGAAGUUGCACAAGGUGAUCAAACCGUGGGUAAAUUUGUCCUCUUGAUCACCUACAUGGCACAGCUGCAAGGACCACUCAACUUUUUCGGGACCUUCUACAGAGCGAUUCAGACCAAUCUCAUCAAUGCCGAGAGAAUGCUGGAACUUUUCAAAGAACAACCGCAUGUCGUCGACCGGGAAGGCGCGGAAAUACUUGAGGAUUGUCAAGGUGAUAUUGUCUUUGACAACGUGAGCUUCAGCUACGAUAAGCGGAGACCAGCCUUGGACCGACUGAGCUUCCGAUGUCAGCCUGGGUCGACAACAGCGCUGGUGGGUGAAUCGGGAGGGGGAAAGAGCACGGUCUCAAGGCUACUCUUCCGCUACUACAACCCUGACUCGGGGCAAAUCAGGGUUGACGGGAGAAACGUUCAGGACAUCACCAUUGACUCUUUACGGAGGUUUAUUGGUGUCGUGCCACAGGAUUGCAACAUGUUCAACGAGUCCAUCAUGUACAACCUGCGUUACGCCAAUCAAGAUGCGACGGAUGAAGAAAUCUUUGACGCUUGCAGGGCAGCCUCAAUCCAUGACCGGAUCAUGGAGUUUCCUAAUGGCUAUGAGACAAAAGUUGGGGAGCGCGGUGUGAGACUCUCGGGCGGAGAGCGUCAACGAGUUGCUAUUGCCCGAACAUUCCUCAAAAAUCCACGCAUUACUAUGCUUGACGAAGCCACUGCUGCCUUGGACACCGAAACCGAAGAAAAGAUUCAGGAAUCUUUCAACUCCCUUGCUGAAGGACGAACAAUGCUCAUCAUCGCUCAUCGACUGAGCACCAUUGUUAACGCCGACCAAAUCCUGGUGCUUUCCCACGGCACUGUGGUUGAAAGUGGAACGCACCAAGAACUUAUUGCGCUGGGGGGCAAAUAUGCAAGCAUGUGGCGGAAACAAUCCAGGGCGCAAAGAGCUGCUGCGGAGGCUGCGGAACUCCAUACCCGGGCUCGAAAAGCACUGGAAGAAGCCGAGGCUGACAGUGCCAGCGUCAGCGAAGAGGAGCUCGAACAGUCAAAGAAACGAGACCAAUCUCAUUGGAGUCGAGGCCACAAAAGGGUCAACUUUAGUGAGAGCAGCCAUCUCCGGGCAAACUGGACUGUGAGUGACCGGGAUCAAGAUGGAGAUGCUCAGUCUAAGAGUUCGCAGACGGGACCCACCGAUGGCGCGCACGGCCACGGCGGAAAACCGCCGGGACACCCUUGA